CGCACCACGCCACUGUGCUGGAUUCCCUGCGCACUCGACUUUCAUAUCUGGUCAAGUAAUUUGAGAUCUUGUUUCAUGACAUAAACAGAGAGCUGUCAAAUUAUUCUAGUAGCGAAUGCUAUGAGAUUUAUUGUUAUAAGGAAAACAUAAAUAAAUAAAUAAAUUUAAUUAUGAGGAAUUGUGAGCCUAAUAAAAUUUAGGGUGUAUGUAUCUCUCUAUGACAGUUAGUAGUUAUCAUAUACACAACAUCGAGGUUAAUGGGAGGGAGAAAUAAUUUUUACCCAUCUAUGUUUUGAAAUCAUAGAUACAUAUGUGUAUAUAUUAACAAAUUGAAAAUGUGUCCAGCACUCUUAGAAAAUGAGGAACGCUGUUUUGGCGGAAUGACAUUUUUUGCACAGAGCCACCCGAUUGAAGUAUGCGGUAGUAAUGGUUUACCUCUUACACCAAAUUCGAUAACUAUAUACGGGAAAUCUCAGUUCUUGAAAAUUAUUCAUCAUCCAAAUUUAUCAACUUAUCUUGAUAUAAUAAGGAGUAAACAUGAAAGGAUAGUUGUAGUGACAGAAUACAAUGGAGAUCCAUUAAGCUAUAAGGAAAAUUUAAAUACAGAUGAUAUUAUGAAAAUAGCAUUCCAAUGCUUAUUGGGUUUACAGUACAUGAAUACAUUAGGUUUAGUACAUAGACAUUUAAGUCCUGAAAACAUACUCAUCAAUAAAAGUGGACACGUACAGUUGUAUAAUUAUGGUUUAUAUUAUAUGACGGACUGUGGAAAACAUGUUUCUUUUCCUAUAGGUCAUCCAAAGUAUACUGCACCUGAAGUCUUUUUAAGUUCAGGCAUUAGUAGUUUGAAAGUAGAUUCUUGGUCUUUGGGUAUGAUUAUUGCAGAGUUAUUAUUAAAGGGACCAAUAUGGCCAGGUGUGAAAUUAUCUCAAUGCUUGAGGAAAGUUCUUAGUUUGAUACACUGUGAAACUUCUGUAUUUGAACGUCUGGCAAGAGAAAAUAAUUGCUACAACAAUUAUAUGGAGUUACCUGUCAAAGUGAAGGAAUUUAUAGAUUCUUGCCUUCAAAUUCAUCCCUCAAAACGUAAAAUACCUGAGGAAUUGUUAAAAUUGCCAAUAUUUGAAGAAUUUUUAAUAAAGGAUGAAAAGGAGAAGCAAGAAAAUCUUUACAAAAAUGUUAUUGUUCGAAAAAUGGAUGAAUUGUAUUAUUUAUGGCAACUGGCAGGUGGCGACAUUACAGUAGAACUCAAAAAGCAAGGACUUAUUAGAUCAAGGCCACCUAUCUUAUCUAUUCCAAAUCUAGUUAUACUUUUGGGUCAAAUGUUUGGACACAGAGACACUGCUAGCUUACUUGAUUUACGUGUCAUCAAAGUUCCUCUCGAUACACUUAGGCAACGAUUAUCUCAUAUUCCAUACAUAGCAAAUUAUCCAUGGCUAACAAAUGAAAUGCGUGUACAGUCUCAAGAAGAUUUAACAGAUGCUACCUCCCAAUUACCUCUGAUUAUUAGAGAGAGAGAUACUGAAUAUCAAUUCUAUAGAAUUAUUUUGUAUAAUAGAUUGCUUCAGGUUUAUCCAAUUACUAGAGAAGCAAUUAUAGAAGAAGCACAUAAAGACAUUCCACCACCUGUUCGGGGAGCUGUUUGGGCUGCAUUACUCGGCAUUACUGGUGAUAUUCAAAAGCGUUACGAUAUGAUUGAUAAAGAAACACCCACUCAUACAGAUCGACAGAUAGAAGUGGAUAUACCAAGAUGCCAUCAAUAUAGUGAAUUAUUAUCAUCUGGUGCUGGUCAUGAAAGAUUGCAAAGAUUAUUAAAAGCAUGGGUGCGAAACAAUCCUCAUUAUGUUUAUUGGCAAGGAUUAGAUUCUUUAACAGCUCCUUUUCUGUACCUUAACUUUAAUAACGAAGCUAGAGCAUUCGAAUGCUUGUCUGCAUUCAUACCAAAAUAUCUUCAUAAGUUCUUUUUAAAAGAUAAUUCUGCUAUCAUACAAGAAUAUUUAGGAAAAUUUUCGCAAAUUAUAGCUUUUCAUGACCCACAAUUGGCUAAUCAUCUCAGAUCAAUUAACUUUGUACCAGAAUUAUUUGCUAUACCAUGGUUUUUAACAAUGUUUUCACAUGUAUUUCCGCUUCACAAAAUACUACAUUUAUGGGACAAACUUUUACUAGGGGAUUCUUCAUUUCCACUUCUAGUUGGUCUAGCAAUAUUGAAACAGUUACGUGACUCUCUUUUAACUUCGGGUUUUAACGAAUGCAUUCUGUUAUUUUCUGAUCUUCCUGAAAUAGACAUAGAAUUAUGUGUUAAAGAUUCUAUGACAAUGUAUCAAAACACGCCAGCUAGCAUUACUUACAGAAAACAUCAGUUUAAUCAACCAAAGGAUGUGAAUUGGUCAGAGCUCGAACCAGGCACUGAAAGAAUGCCAAGGAUUUGUGUUGAUGACUUCUUAAAUUUGUUAGACAAUAAUCCUGAGAGAUUAAUAAUUGUUGAUAUACGUAAUAAUAUACAGUUUGAACGAGGUGCCGCAGCAGGAAGUAUUAACAUUCCAUUUACAAGUGUACAACUGUCUCAAACUCAAAUUGAGACUUUAGGACCACAGGCUAAACCAAUUGCAGAAAAUAAAAACAGUAUUGUUGUAAUAAUUGGGCCUCAUGAUCAAAAUAAUGCUUUGUUUGCAGAUUUUCUUGUAAAGUGUGGAGUUAUGGGUGUAUGUUCCUUGCAAGGAGGAAUUUAUGCUUUGCGAUCAAAAUCUCCAAAUAUUAUAGUAGGUGCACGUUAAAGAAUAUAUUAUUAUGAACAAAUUUCGCAUGACACAUUAAAUUUAUUGUGAUUGUAUGAAGCAUCUUAUAAGAUGUCUAUAAUUUGUACAUAAGCAAAAUAUUAAUUUCAUUUUGGAAGAAUUAUUUUUUCUCAUAUAUUGUAAAUAAAUAUUGUAAGUAUGAAACGUACUUUAUAAUCAUAAAGAAAUUGGAACAUUGUUAUAUCA